GCAUGAGACCUCACUGGUCUGAAUAUAAGAAGUAGGCUCUGGGUUUCUGUCACUGCUGCAGAAGAUGGUCAUUCCUCUGUCUGACAUCAUGAGAGUCGUUAUCCUGAUGGUGUGCUUGUCGGCGAGCUGCUUAGCUCAGAAACCACAGCCCUGCUCUUCUCCAACACAGAUGUCCGGAGGCCUUUCUCUGUCCACCCAAACCGACAAGCUGGUGGCUAUUGCCCAGUACACCUACGAUGCACUGGGAAAACGCAUCCGCCUCAAAGAGUUCAGGACCUAUGACAACAGAACCUUCUUUGACUUGGAUAUUCUACUCCUCUACAGACAAGGUGUCAUGUACAAGAUCAACAAAAAGAACCACACGUGUUUCAAGAGGAGUCUGACUGAAGACUUCUACCCACUGGGGGUUCCUAAAGAUGCCUCCCUAGUGGACCAGUUUGUGCUCGGCAGUUCUUCUGCUCUAGAAGAGGGAAUCCUGGUCAACACCUGGACUGGGGAGCUGCAGCUGAAGAAGGGAACAGCAAGGUAUUUGAGCACCGUCACCGAGUUCGGAUGUAUACCCGUCAGCACCCUGUUAAGUACAAACAGAAGAGAAUGGGUGGCGGUCAGCUUCUUUAACAACGUAGUGGGAGUGGCAGACCCGCGGGACUUUGUUGCUCCGUCGUUCUGUGAUGAGGCCCAGGUGGAGGAAGAGAAAGAAGAAAUUGAAGCAACAUUUUUCAGCUUGUUUUUUUGUGUCACGCUGACCGUGCGUGCUGACUCUUCCAGCUCUGAAGAUGCCUGGGGUUCAACACCCUUCUCGCUGUCUUUUAGCGACUCUACCUGGCCCAGUUAUGUUGGGCUACUUUACACUAGGUUUUUCCAGUUCAUCAUAGGUAAGGAUACUGUGUGUGUGUGUGUGUGUGUGUGUGUGUGUGUGUGUGUGUGUGUGUGUGUGUGGUUGCGCGCGCAUAUGUCUGCAGAACUUGUUUAUAAGCAAGUGAGCCGUGAAUUCUCUCUCAGGACAGUCAGACUGCCGUCCGUCACCAUGAAAGCUGUCAUCCUGCUUGCGUGUUUUUCGGUGUGCUGCUCGGCUCUGAGGCCUCGGCCAUGCGUUUCUCCACCUCUGCUGACUGGUGACCUCUCUUUGACCUCCCAGGAUGGGAAGCUGACUGCAUUUGCUAAAUACUCCUACGAUGCACUGGGACAGCGUGUGCGCCUGAGGGAGGGUGGAUCCUACGACAAUGAAACAUUCCACUUUGAUGCUCUCCUGCUCUACAAAUACCGUGUCGUGUACAUGAUCAACGACAGGAACCACACAUGCAGCAAGAAACGCCUGGACACCCACUUUCACCCACUGAUGGUUCCCAGGAACUCUUCUCUGCUGGGUCAGGUCGUGCUGGGUAGCUCCUCCGGUCCCGGACAGGGGCUGCUGGUCAACACGUGGGUCGGAGAGUUGCACAUGAGGAACGGCACAGCAAAGUACAUGAGCACCGUCACCGAGUUCGGCUGUAUUCCUGUCACCACCCUGUUCCACACUGAGGAACGUGGAUGGGUGGUAAGCAGCUUCUUCAACAACGUCGUAGGAAUAACCGACCCUGACCUCUUGAUCCCACCGUCUUUCUGUAAAAAUGCAGAACUUGAGAAUGAAGAGGAGACAGUCACCUUCUUUAGCUUGUUUUAAAAGAUUGUCCUCAGAAAUCUGGUGCAAUGUGAUGAGCACUGAACAUGAAUCUUUGCACUAAAUCAUCACUUAAAAUAAGCUGUAAGCUGGAUAAAUCAGUAAAUAAUCAUUUAGAGUUCAUUUCCCUUCUGCUGCUGCUGAUUGAAGCUAAAUGUUCUUUAUUGUUUUCCUGUCACUGAAACAAUAAAAAAAAAGUUAACAGGAA